AUGGACCAUACGGGGCCGCUACCGGCCGACGUGCUGGCCAACAUCCUCAGCCGCCUCGAGCCCCGCUGGCUCGCCGUCUCGCGCUGCGUCCGCAAGGCGUGGCGCGCCGCCGUCGACGACCACCGCCUGCUGCACGUGGACCUCCUCCCGCUCUCCAUGCCUGGCAUCUUCUUCGUCGCCCACGAUGCAGAGUUCCCGCCGUACCUCUCACGCCCGCCGCACCAGCCUGUCGGCGCCGACUUCCGCUACCUGCGGGAACUCGGCUACACCGUGACUUUCGUCAUCUCCGACCACUGCAACGGCCUCCUCCUCGUCGAUGAGGACCUCAUGGUCAACCCCGCGACGCGGCGCUGCGAGAGGCUGCCCUACACCCCGGACCCGCCGCCAUGCACGCGGCACAAGAUCUCCCACCGAUGCAACCUGAAAGAGUACAUCGCGUUCGACCCCGCCAUCUCGCCGCACUACGAGGUGUUUCUAAUCCACAAGAGUGGUCCAAAGGAUCACAGAGAAGCAGAAUGGCCUCCUUCGUCGUACGCUAUGCGUGUCUUCUCGUCGAGCACACGGCGGUGGGAGGACAGGACAUUCAUUCGGGAGGGAGGUGCCGCAGGUGCCACUGCCGACAUGGUAUCCGAUGGACAACUUCGGUGGUAUUAUAGCGCAUACUGGCGAGGAGCCCUCUACGUGCGACAACAUGAUUUUGUCAUGAGAAUUGCUUCAUCAAGCAAUACAUACCGAGUAACCAAGCUUCCAAGGUGUACUUUCUCCUUGGAGACAGAUACAAUAAGUGACUUUUCGGACUACCGUCUAGGGAAAUCGAAGAAAGGGGUGUACUGCGCAAUGGUCGUUUCUCGCUUCAAUCUUUUGAUUUGGUUCCUCGACGAAUCACGUGGCAAGAUGGAGUGGAUAUUGAGGAAGGAGGUCAACCUUGAACCCCUGCUAGCAAAUUUGCCUAUGAAAAAGAUCGAUGGACCCUGGAGGCAGAAUGUACAUAGCAAGAUCAACGAAGCACCAAGGGAAGAGGAACUUGAAUGGGACUCGGAUGAUGAUAACGUUAGUGAGACCCAAGAAGGGACUAAGGACCCACAUCCGCCCGGUGGUGUUUCUAUACUUGGUUUUCAUCCUACCAAAGAGAUCGUCUUCUUGCUUAGGUUAUGCAGUUAUCGAGUAUUAGCUUAUCAUGUGAAUAGCUCUAAGAUAGAAGACCUGGGCCGAGUAAGAGUGCAGUAUGACAUAAUCUCCUCUUUUCCAUUUACCCCUUGUCUGAUGGGGGACUUGUGA